ACACAGGUGCAAUUGGCCCACCAGAAUGACUGCCAAGGGAGGGGCUCGCCCGCCUAUUACCCCCUCGCCACUUCCGCUUGCCAGAGAAAGCAGAGCAGGCGUCCGCAGCUUGGGCUGGGUCGAAGGACGAGGCCUGAAGUCGAGCCCUUUCCCCGUCUGCUGCUUAAAGGACUGUCUUGCUGAGGAGAAGGAGGAGGAGCGCUCCCAGCCAGACUGCCCCGCGCUUCGCAGGAUGGCGUCCAGCGACUCCAGCCUGGCCGACGACCUGACAUGCCCCAUCUGCUUGGCCAUCUUCCAGGAGCCCCAGAUUCUCAGCUGCGGCCACAACUUCUGCCUGUCUUGCCUGCGCAGCUGCCUCCCCAAAGGGGAAAGCCAGGCGACGUGCCCAGAGUGCCGCCGCCCCUUCGAGCUGGCGGGCCUCACGUGCAACCGAGCGCUGGCGAGCCUCGCCAAGAAGGUACGCCGGUUCCAGUUCGACGCCAGGGGAGAAGGGCUGCAGCCGGCGGGGGCUCCUCUGGUCACGGUGGGCCUCUGCGCGGAGCAUGAGGAGCCGCUCCGACUCUUCUGCAGCCAGGACAUGGUGCCCAUCUGCGUGAUCUGCCGGGACCUGCCGCAGCAUCAAGGGCAUGAGUUCCUGCCUACCAGAAAUGCUGUGGAAGACGCGCAGGCACUUCUGGAACCAUACCUGGGUAUUCUGGAGGAACUUUUGAAGGACGCCACUGAUGAUGAAUCUUAUCAGCGGAAGGAGAUUGCCGUGCUGGAGAAGUGCACUGAAGACACUUUGAGUCACAUUUCCAAUGAAUUUGAGGUUCUCCACCAGAUCUUGGACCAGAAGGAACAAGACAUUAAGAAGACUGUGGAGGAGAUGAAGGACGAGAACCUGGAGAGGAUGGAGGAUGCUCUAAGCUUUCUUGAAAAAGCCACAUUGUCAUUUACUAAAUUAACUGCCAAGGUUAAAGCUGCACUAGAAACCUCAGACCGCAUUGCCUUCCUCAAGGGAUUCAGAGAGCUGAUGGAUGAACUCAAGAAGUACCCACAGAGUCGAGAAGUAUCCCAGGAGGAAGCACAGGAGAACGGCAUCUGUGUGGAGGAGGAGGAGGAGUCUGAUGAGAAGUCUGAAAAGGCAACUGAACAUAGAGAGGAAGCAAAGGAAGGUGUGGAGGAUGAUGUGGAAGAUGAAGAGGAUGAGGAUUAUGUGGCUGAUGAAGAUGAAGAAAAGGAGACCGAAAGUGAUAACGUGAUACCAGUGGAACUGGUCCUCGAAGAAUUCAAGGACUCAUUGAACUUUCAGGCUUGGAAGGAAAUGUUAGAAAACAUCAAGCCCAGCCCACUGAACUGAACUUGCCCUUUACUACCCUGAUGAACCACCAGGUGGAACUGAACUGCACACCCCACUUCAGAGGAGACUGGUCCUAGUGGCCUUAACAAAACGGUGGUCUGUCAUGGAACUGUUGCUCUGAGAUUCAUUGAUUCUGUAAUUCCCCUGUUAAGGUUGCUUGAGUUGAGCUUUUAAUGUAAGGGAAUCUUCUGAAAGUUACAGAAAACCCCCACAAAUGAUGGAAUUAGAUCCUUCAGUCAUCUUUCUGAGAAUGGUGGCAGCAACACGUUGGGUGACAGCAUGUCCAAGGACUCUUCAUAAAGCUGUCAUUGCUUUCUGAUUGAUUUUCCUGUUGCUGACUUGAGCCAAUUUUUCUUCUCUGUGAGGCUAUUGGAAGACUCUGGCCACAAAGGCCUCAUUAGCGAUGUAGUGUGGGGCUGUCAUUUGGUGCAAACAAAAUGUGUGUCCAUUCACUGAAUGCUCUCUAGGUUUUCCUUUUAUGGUUUAAUAAAUAAAAUUAAAGCUUAAAGUCAG